ACGGCGCGGUGUGUUCUCAUCGGGAUCGCACAGGAUCACACAGCGCACGGUUCGAGAAGCGUCUCAGUUAGAGGCACCAUCACUGCUGUGACACGAGGAGACUAUGUGAAGCAGCACCGAGAGGAGCAGCCCAGGGAUUGCAUCGCUGUUCUUCGAUAGCAGAGGUAGAAUGCCAUCUCUGUCGGAGCAGCUGCAGGAGGUGCGGAGUCAAACUGAAGUGUGUCUGUACUCCAGCGGCAGGGUGGUGGAGGUGCGGGCUGGGGUCAUGGCUAUGGCAAAUCUGCCUUUACCACCCUGCUCCAAAUACCGCCACAUCGCUGCAGAGUCCAUGGUCAUUGAAAACAGCUUUGGCAGCAACAGAAAGGAGACCCUUGCGUCUCUCCAGCGCUUGUCUACAGCACUGAACAUCCUGGAAAAGUAUGGCUGCAACUUGACAAAUCCCAACAGGCCCAAAUACUGGAGGACUGUGAAACACAACAAUCCAGUGUUCAGAGCCACAGUUGAUGCUAUUCAGGGAGGACGGGCAGUGCUCUGUCUCUAUGGUUACUCCAAUCAGCAGGCAGAUGGACUCAGCUUCCCUGAUGAUGUCACUGAUCCUGAUGUGGGCCGAGUUGCUGCAGUAACACUUGAAGUCAUGAGUCUGAGGACAGAACUAGAAAUGCUAAUCAAGGAGGCUCACCCCCACCCUGAGUUCUACGAGAGAGUCAUUCCUACAUUGAGACACAAGGAUGUGGGCCUUAAUACUGAUGCUGUAGUCUACCACUCCUCUGCCACAUCAUGCCACUCUGAUAAUCAGACCAAGUCUUUAGCUUUCCCCGUCCACCACCACUCCCUCAGGGAGAGCAGCCGUGGCCUCUCCCUGUCUUCCAACCACCAAAGUCUCAGGUCCAUUCAAGACUUUUCCACCUCCUCAAACAAACACCCAGAGAACUGCACUAUCUGUGGAAUAUUCAGAAUCUCUGCCCACUGCCUCACCUGCCUCCAGGGUCUCUGCUCAGAAUGUGACAGACUAUACCACUCCUACACUGAGAGAGCCCACCACCGUCGAACAGCUGUCACAUCAUCAUCAUCAUCAUCCUCAUCAUCAUCAUCAUCAGCAUCAUCAUCAGCAUCACCAUCCAAAAACAGAAGCAAUCAUAGUUCUUCCACAUGGUGUUGCCUUAACUGCACAAAAGUCAACUCCAUCCAGGAUGUGCUGUGUUUGGACUGUGAGCGCCCUCGUUUGGAAUCCAUCAGCUCUAAAGCAGAGGAAUCUCAGUCUACAACAAUCACCGACUGGCAAUGUAAGAGCUGUACAAUGGUGAAUUCUGCCAGUAAUAUUCUGUGUGAGGUGUGUGAAAGACCUCGUUUGGCCACACGACCUCCAAUGACCCCAUCACACCCACCUAUCAACCCUCCUAGGCCGCCAGCACCAGUGCUGGGCAUGCCUGGGGACCCCGACAGCCAGUGGGUGUGUCAGUUCUGUACAUAUCUGAACUAUACUCCUGCUACAGUGUGUGACAUAUGUGACCUGGCUCGUCCAGAGCCUGCACCCCUGCCUGUGAAGCUCCGCCCUCCCUCUCCUGUCAGACGGGUCCCUGCCCUGCCAAUCAAACCCAAAGAGCCUGCCCCUGAAGACUUGGACUGCUGGAGACAGAGGCUGCUGAAAGAGGAGGGGCUUCAGUUGAUUCAAUUGAUAAGAGAUGGGGAGAAGAAAGGAAUGAGUCCAGAAGAGGUAUACACAAGCAUGAGGGUGGCAGGAGACAGCAGCAUCUUGCCCUACAAGUGGUUAAAGUCAGAGCUUCCUCCGCUGUUAGACCAGAUCAGGAUGUUGGUAGCGGCAUCCCCUAAGUCUGACAAGACUAUAACACAGCACACAAGCAGGUCAAGUGUAGCUCCUGUUGCGGAUGCUUGGAGAGAGGAGAACCCUGCAGAGACAGAAAGUGGGAUCCAGCUGUCCAGAGCAGAGGCUAAGCAAGCCUGGCUGACAGCAGGCGGAGACUCAGAGAGAGCAGCCAGACAAGCACUUACAGACAGACUUGCCAAGAUCAAGGAGCUGUGUGCACUGGGCUUCAGAGAAGAGUCUCACUGCCAUGAGGUUUUGAAACAGAGUGGUGGUGAGGUAAGAGGAGCACUGGCCUUGCUGCAGAGACCCCUGCUGGAGCCCUUCCACAACCGUAUUUGGAGUGAAAAAGCCGAACCUCCACUAGACAUCCAUCAGCCUGACAAACAGCAGAUAUGUCGUAGGCUACUUGCUGUAUAUGAUCUUCCGAGCUGGGGUCGCUGUGAGCUGGCACUGUCACUUCUUCUGGAGCAUACUGCUUCUUACUCACUGGAGGAUGUUGUGCAGGCUGUACGAGAGUCCCAUGACAGGGAGUUUAUCAGGAGAGUGCUGGCUAAAGAGUGUCCCAUCUGCCUUUCUGUCUUUCCCCACAGCAAGAUGCAGUCUCUAACAUCAUGCCAGUGUUCAGUGUGCUUUGGUUGUUUCCAGCAGCACUUCACUAUCGCUGUAAGGGACAAACACAUCAGGGACAUGGUGUGUCCAGUGUGCUGGGAGCCAAACAUCAAUGAUCCUGAACACCUGAACAGCUAUUUCUCGACCCUUGACAUCCAGCUAAGGGAGUGCCUGGAGCCAGAAGUCUAUGAACUGUUCCAUAAGAAGCUGACAGAGCAGGCUCUAAUCAAGGACCCCAAGUUCCUCUGGUGCUGUCAUUGUUCAUAUGGGUUUAUCUAUGAUGGAGACCAGCUGAAGGUUACCUGCUUUCAGUGUCGCAAUAGUUUCUGUGCUCAGUGUAAAAAACCUUGGGAGUCUCAGCAUGCCGGUCUGUCCUGUGAACAGUACCAGUCCUGGAAGAGAGAAAAUGAUCCAGAGUAUCAGAAGCAGGGCCUGGCCGGAUACCUCAGAGACAACGGCAUCACCUGUCCAAACUGCCGCUUUCAGUAUGCACUGUCUAAAGGAGGCUGUAUGCAUUUCUGCUGCUCUCAGUGUCGCUACCAGUUCUGCAGUGGCUGCAACAACCCUUUCCACACUACCUGUGCGGUGGACGAAUGCAGUGUUUCAGGACUACACGCCCAUCAUCCCAGAGACUGCCUCUUCUACCUGAGAGACUGGGAACCUUCCAGACUGCAGGCGUUACUCCAGAAGAAUGAAGUGGUGUUCAACACGGAACCCCCUCUUGGAACACAGACAGGUCUAUGUGGAGUGAUAGAGCAGAAGGAUGAGGGAGGGCAGCAGCCAGAUUCAGCUUGUGGAGCUCAGACCCAGCAUGGACAUGCUGGACUCUGCGAGAAGCAUUACCGGGAGUAUCUGGUCAGCCUGAUCAACAGCCACUCCAUCGACCCUGCCCCCCUUUACAGCUCCAAUGAGCUGCUACUUGCCUGCAGGCGGUACAAGGUAGACGACACCCGCAAGGAUGGGGAGGAUGGCUUCACCUUCUACAGCAGACUGCUCGAGAAAUUGAUGGGUGAAGUACCGCUUGGCGACAAGGUGCCACGCAAAAAAUGA